GUCCAAAUUCGUAGCGGAACAUCCCCAAAAUCCCAGGACAAAACUGGCGCCGAAAUUUGCACCAAACCCGCGCCGGUUUGUUAAUUUCCGCGUGGCACAAACCAGUAGCUUACCCGGCGCCGGGUAGGCCUUAUACCCGGCGCCGGGUAGGCCAAAAUUUCCAGUUUUCCCUGCACACAACGAAGAACCGGCGCCGGGUAGGCCUGAAACCGGCGCCGGGUAGGUCCGAUUCUGCACAAAACAGUCCAACGUGCAAGAGGAUUUUUGAUGGGAAAACUUCAUCUUCCUCAAGUGUGAUCAAAUAUUGCUUCCAUACCUUAUUGUUGGGCUCGAAUAUACUAAAAGAUGCCAUUCUUUAGCCUAUAUAAAGCCCUCAAUUCAUCAUUCAAUCCCAUUCCAUUUCAUAGAUUAAUUCCUAGCUUUUAUAUUUUGUUCUUGCUAUUUUUCUUCAAGUUCUUGAGGAGGAAACUUCAACCUCCGAAAUCAUUGGUGUUUAGGUAUUAUUUCCUUUGUAAUUUCAUGUUCCAUUACAUUUCAAUAUUGUAUUGUGAUUAAUAUGAGCAUUAGAGGCUAAUUUCUUAGCUAAGGCUAGGGAUGAACCUCUAUGCACACUAGGUGUUUGAUAAAAGUUCUAAACCAAUAAAUUGUGAUUUAUCCUUUACAUUUUGAUUGUUUAUGACUAUGGUGUACAACAUAGAAGUAUGUUAAAUUUAGUUUAUGCUUGCAAUUAACGUUGAAGUCUAAACUAUGAACAUUAAAGGAUAAACAUAUAUAGUACCGAGAAUAGAAAUAUAUCCGGUCUUAUAUGAUACGGGUGUGAUGUCUUGAUAUUCAACGGGGUUUUCGGUAGAUGAAUGUAAGCCGUAACGGGACUUACACGUAACGAAAACCACGCUCUCGCUGCCUUAACCGGAGUUGAGAAUAUAUUAGCGACAUCGUAUUCAUGAUUAUUGGGGAAGAACUAUUAUUAAACAACUAUUAAAGCAUUUAGGUGAAUCCCGAUUGCCUUAGUAAUUCUCAUUCUUGUUUAAACCAAUCUCAAAGAGCAAAGUUCCUGAAAAAAAAAUAUAUCAUUUACAUUCUUUGCAUUCAAUAUUCGACUUUAUAAUAACAACCAUUUCCUUGUGGAUCGACCCGGUAUUUACCGGUAUUUUAUUACUAUAUCGGCACUUGUAUACUUGCAAGUUUAGCCCGAUCAAGUUUUUGGCGCCGUUGCCGGGGAAACGGUCUUGUUUAAUAAAGUCCAAAGAAUCAACCAAUCAAAAAUCCUGAAUUUAUUUUUCACAACUUCACUUGAUCUUGGAAGGAUUUUUGUUUUUUCUUGUGUAGAUAUUCCCUUGUGUUUGCAUGCAAUUGAGAGGUCAAGGUUCUAAAAUUCUUGAACCACUUGAUCUUGAAAUAGAAAAAACUUGCAAACACAUUCGAAGGGAGCAAAAAGCUACAAAGAUGUUGCCAACUUUGAAUGAGAGGAAGAGACCCGUGGUGGCCGCUACGCCAUCUUGCAUCACCUUGAGCGAGGAAGCAAGAGACUAUGAGCUAAGGCAAAGCUACUUCAACGCUAUGCCUCAGUUUCAUGGUUUGCUUGGGGAAAAUCCACUCAACUUCAUCACGGAGUUCUACGGAUUCAUUCAAGGAAUCCCUAGAAAUGGCUUGGCGGAGGAUCAACUCAAGCUCAAAUGCUUCCCCUAUACUCUCAAAGGGGCGGCAAGAGGAUGGUUCCUAGAGCAAGCUCCGGCAAGCUACACAACAUGGGAAGGUAUAUACAAUGCCUUCAUGUCCAAGUACUACACGCCCACCAUGACUCAAGAGCUUAGACAACGCAUUUUCAAUUUCAAACAACAAAAUGGUGAGCUCUUUCAAGACGCAUGGCGGCGUUUCAAAUCAUUGCUAAGGGAAUGCCCACAUCACCGCAUUCCCCUAGACCUUCAAAUUGACACGUUCUACAAUGGUUUGAAUGCACCUUGUCAAGCCAUUGUGGACAACCGAGCCGAGGGCUACAUUGGAAAUAAAAAUGAAACUGAGGCACUCCGAAUCAUUGAAUCUAUUGCCUCAAAUCCUCAACUUCAAGGAGGCGAUUACAAGGUGGUCGGGAUGAAUGAAAUCUCUAUCACAACCGAGAUUAACAAAAGGCUUGAACAAAUGGAGUCAAAAAUUGAGCAAAAAUUCCAAACGGCCCUUCAAGCCGUAUUGGGAGGAGUCAAGCAAAUAGCUAAUGUGGAGAGCAUUCAAAGUCCGGAAGGCAAUUUAUCUCAACAUCUUGAAGAGGUAAAUUUCAUGAACUCUUAUGGGAACCGGGGAAACAAUAAUCCUUCUAAUCAACAAAGGUGGAAUCAAGGGAGCAAUUGGAAGCCACAACCCCAAUCCGGAGCACCUAAUUUUGGGCCGUCCAAGGAAACCACCAUGGAGGAUAUGAUGCAAUUCAUGUCCAAGAGCAUGGAAAGCAUGAAGGCUCAAAAUGAAGAGAACCAUAGUAGAGUGGAGGCAUCCAUUGGGAAUCUCCACUCUCAAUUCAACAAGUUGGAUCUUCGCUUUGAAGAUCAAAAUAUAAAGCUCAACCAACGCAUCGACACCAUUGAGCAAUAUACCAAGGCGUCAAUCCGAAAUCUUGAAGUUCAAUUGGGGCAACUCGCCCAAAAAGUGAGUUCUAGAGAGCAAGGUAAACUCCCUACAACUACGGAGGUAAACCCGAGGGAGAGCGUCAUGGCCAUUACCACAAGAAGCGGGAGGCAAACGGAGGAUCCCAAGAUGCCGGAGAGAAGAAAGACACCGGAGGAACAAGAAGAGGUUUCACAUACACCGUUGCCACCUAUUAUGCCUCAAUAUGUUCCUCCCAUCCCUUAUCCACAAAAGUUGAAGAAGAAAGGAGAUGAGAAGAAACACAAGAAAAUUCUUGAUAUUUUCAAGAAAUUGAGCAUCAACAUACCUUUUGCGGAGGCCAUUGCGGAGAUUCCAUCAUACGCAAAAUUUCUCAAAGGCAUCAUCUCCAACAAAAAGAAGUUAGAGGAAUUCGCAACUGUAGCACUAACGGAGGAAUGUAGUGCCAUUAUUCAAAACAAACUUCCUCCAAAACUAAAAGACCCCGGAAGCUUCACUAUUCCAUGCUCUAUCGGAAAAGUCGGGGAGGUAAAGUCUCUUUGUGACCUUGGCGCUAGCAUAAAUCUUAUGCCCUACUCCCUAUUUAAAAAGCUAAGUGUGGGGGAACUCCAACCAACAACGGUUGCUUUGCAAUUAGCGGAUAGAACAAUCCGUUAUCCGAUAGGUAUCAUGGAGGAUGUCCUUGUGAAAGUUGGAAAAUUCUACUUCCCGGUAGAUUUUCUUGUUUUGGACAUGGAAGAGAUGGAAGUUCCCGUCAUCCUUGGGAGAUCAUUUUUGGCCACCUCCGCAGCCGUCAUUGAUGUACAAGCGGGCACCGUAAGACUAAGAGUGGGAGAAGACGAUGAAACAUUCCAUGUAUGGAAAACACAAUCCAUUCUAACUCAAAACAUGGAGGUCAACACAAAUCCUUUUACUCCUCCCAAGGCCAUAAACAUCAUGGACAUCAAGAAGGCACAAAUAUUUGGGCCCGAGGACCCUCCCACACACCCCGAGAGCAAAAAGAACAAACCUCCAACUCCAUGGCCUCCCCACGAUCUCAAAAAGGUAACAUUGGUCAAACGUCUUCGGGAGCACAAUCACACGUGAGAGGUAAGUUGCGUCCGGCCUAUGACGUUAAACUGAGCGCUAAUUGGGAGGCAACCCAACAAAUUCAAUUAUAAAUAAAUAUGUUUAGUUAAAUACAUAUUCAUAUUUAUUUAUAAUUGAAACCCAAAAAAAAACACAAAACAAAAACAAAAAAAAAAGAAAAAGAAAAAGAAGCAUCAUCUAAACUCAUGUAUCAUGCAUCUCCUACUCUCACAAGACGGCCCAUUCCGCUAUUGAAGAUUUCAUCCUCCAUUACAUCCUCCAAUGUACAUUGAGGACAAUGUAUCUCAAGUGUGGGGGGUGUAUCUCAUGGUUAGUUAAACAAAUUUUGUGUGCAAAAUAAUAUUUUUUUUAGGAAGGUAAAAGUUGUGAUAAUUCUCUUUUUAAUGGGUAUUUGGUUGAGAAAGUUUUUAUUAUUCACAUAAACUAUCAUUUUUUUUAGAUUUAUUACACUACUUUUACUCUUGAAAACCAUUCCCAAAAUAAACCUUGUGACUAGGAAACCUCAUCUUCUUCCAUGUCCAAAAAUGGUUUAAGUACAUCUCAAAUAUUCAAGAACCAUUUUUGGAAAACAAGCCACCCCACAACUCAUCAAAUAAAUUGGGAUCAUCAAAAUGACUUUGAGUAAAUACUUGUUGAGAAUCCAUUCAAAAAAAAAAACUCAUGGUCUCUUCCAAGAAUUUCAACCGAUCCAUUUCUAUACUCAAAAGUCAAAUACACAAAAAAAAGCCAUCCUACACACCCAAAAAAAGUCCUAGUCACAAUCCACUCAUAUACUCUCAAGGGUAUAAGUAAUUUUUCUAAAUCUAAUGAUAGUUUUGUGUGUCUAAUAGAAAUUUGGUUUUGGACCGAGAAUGAUAAAGGAGUUUACAUAACUUUAUACCUCCCUUAAAAAUAAAAUUAUUUUUGUGCAUAUAUUUUCGUUGAAACUAACCAAGGCAUCCAAGGUGAAGAAAUUGCUCGAGGACAAGCAAUGCUCAAGUGUGGGGGGAUUUGAUAGCCGUUAUAUUUACUUGUGUUUAACAUAAGUAUUUAUAAGUAUUUGUUGAAGAAAAGAAGAGAAAUCGGGCAAAUACCUCCAGAAUGAGAGCUAGAUCAUAAAACAUUGCGAUGAACGACUUUUUGGACCAAGAGAAUGACGUUCUGCCCAUAAUUUGAGUAUAACGUAUUCUAUAGAACUCUAAAUCACUCGAUUCGAGUUUCAUGUGAAUGCUAACUCAAUAAGGUACAAAUGUUAUGAAGACGUCAUGACCAAAAUAUGAAAGGAACAAGACCCAAUCAACCAACAAAGUCAGAUGUUGCUGGUGGGAUUUCAGGAUGCAUACCUCUCAGUGUUUUAUCCAUAUCUCUUGAUUGGCUGAAUAAAAUCAUGUCAUUCAAGUUUUGUUGGAUAGAAGACUUCAUUAUCUACAACUUUGGUGAAGGAAUCAUGUCCAAAUUCGUAGCGGAACAUCCCCAAAAUCCCAGGACAAAACUGGCGCCGAAAUUUGCACCAAACCCGCGCCGGUUUGUUAAUUUCCGCGUGGCACAAACCAGUAGCUUACCCGGCGCCGGGUAGGCCUUAUACCCGGCGCCGGGUAGGCCAAAAUUUCCAGUUUUCCCUGCACACAACGAAGAACCGGCGCCGGGUAGGCCUGAAACCGGCGCCGGGUAGGUCCGAUUCUGCACAAAACAGUCCAACGUGCAAGAGGAUUUUUGAUGGGAAAACUUCAUCUUCCUCAAGUGUGAUCAAAUAUUGCUUCCAUACCUUAUUGUUGGGCUCGAAUAUACUAAAAGAUGCCAUUCUUUAGCCUAUAUAAAGCCCUCAAUUCAUCAUUCAAUCCCAUUCCAUUUCAUAGAUUAAUUCCUAGCUUUUAUAUUUUGUUCUUGCUAUUUUUCUUCAAGUUCUUGAGGAGGAAACUUCAACCUCCGAAAUCAUUGGUGUUUAGGUAUUAUUUCCUUUGUAAUUUCAUGUUCCAUUACAUUUCAAUAUUGUAUUGUGAUUAAUAUGAGCAUUAGAGGCUAAUUUCUUAGCUAAGGCUAGGGAUGAACCUCUAUGCACACUAGGUGUUUGAUAAAAGUUCUAAACCAAUAAAUUGUGAUUUAUCCUUUACAUUUUGAUUGUUUAUGACUAUGGUGUACAACAUAGAAGUAUGUUAAAUUUAGUUUAUGCUUGCAAUUAACGUUGAAGUCUAAACUAUGAACAUUAAAGGAUAAACAUAUAUAGUACCGAGAAUAGAAAUAUAUCCGGUCUUAUAUGAUACGGGUGUGAUGUCUUGAUAUUCAACGGGGUUUUCGGUAGAUGAAUGUAAGCCGUAACGGGACUUACACGUAACGAAAACCACGCUCUCGCUGCCUUAACCGGAGUUGAGAAUAUAUUAGCGACAUCGUAUUCAUGAUUAUUGGGGAAGAACUAUUAUUAAACAACUAUUAAAGCAUUUAGGUGAAUCCCGAUUGCCUUAGUAAUUCUCAUUCUUGUUUAAACCAAUCUCAAAGAGCAAAGUUCCUGAAAAAAAAAUAUAUCAUUUACAUUCUUUGCAUUCAAUAUUCGACUUUAUAAUAACAACCAUUUCCUUGUGGAUCGACCCGGUAUUUACCGGUAUUUUAUUACUAUAUCGGCACUUGUAUACUUGCAAGUUUAGCCCGAUCAAGUUUUUGGCGCCGUUGCCGGGGAAACGGUCUUGUUUAAUAAAGUCCAAAGAAUCAACCAAUCAAAAAUCCUGAAUUUAUUUUUCACAACUUCACUUGAUCUUGGAAGGAUUUUUGUUUUUUCUUGUGUAGAUAUUCCCUUGUGUUUGCAUGCAAUUGAGAGGUCAAGGUUCUAAAAUUCUUGAACCACUUGAUCUUGAAAUAGAAAAAACUUGCAAACACAUUCGAAGGGAGCAAAAAGCUACAAAGAUGUUGCCAACUUUGAAUGAGAGGAAGAGACCCGUGGUGGCCGCUACGCCAUCUUGCAUCACCUUGAGCGAGGAAGCAAGAGACUAUGAGCUAAGGCAAAGCUACUUCAACGCUAUGCCUCAGUUUCAUGGUUUGCUUGGGGAAAAUCCACUCAACUUCAUCACGGAGUUCUACGGAUUCAUUCAAGGAAUCCCUAGAAAUGGCUUGGCGGAGGAUCAACUCAAGCUCAAAUGCUUCCCCUAUACUCUCAAAGGGGCGGCAAGAGGAUGGUUCCUAGAGCAAGCUCCGGCAAGCUACACAACAUGGGAAGGUAUAUACAAUGCCUUCAUGUCCAAGUACUACACGCCCACCAUGACUCAAGAGCUUAGACAACGCAUUUUCAAUUUCAAACAACAAAAUGGUGAGCUCUUUCAAGACGCAUGGCGGCGUUUCAAAUCAUUGCUAAGGGAAUGCCCACAUCACCGCAUUCCCCUAGACCUUCAAAUUGACACGUUCUACAAUGGUUUGAAUGCACCUUGUCAAGCCAUUGUGGACAACCGAGCCGAGGGCUACAUUGGAAAUAAAAAUGAAACUGAGGCACUCCGAAUCAUUGAAUCUAUUGCCUCAAAUCCUCAACUUCAAGGAGGCGAUUACAAGGUGGUCGGGAUGAAUGAAAUCUCUAUCACAACCGAGAUUAACAAAAGGCUUGAACAAAUGGAGUCAAAAAUUGAGCAAAAAUUCCAAACGGCCCUUCAAGCCGUAUUGGGAGGAGUCAAGCAAAUAGCUAAUGUGGAGAGCAUUCAAAGUCCGGAAGGCAAUUUAUCUCAACAUCUUGAAGAGGUAAAUUUCAUGAACUCUUAUGGGAACCGGGGAAACAAUAAUCCUUCUAAUCAACAAAGGUGGAAUCAAGGGAGCAAUUGGAAGCCACAACCCCAAUCCGGAGCACCUAAUUUUGGGCCGUCCAAGGAAACCACCAUGGAGGAUAUGAUGCAAUUCAUGUCCAAGAGCAUGGAAAGCAUGAAGGCUCAAAAUGAAGAGAACCAUAGUAGAGUGGAGGCAUCCAUUGGGAAUCUCCACUCUCAAUUCAACAAGUUGGAUCUUCGCUUUGAAGAUCAAAAUAUAAAGCUCAACCAACGCAUCGACACCAUUGAGCAAUAUACCAAGGCGUCAAUCCGAAAUCUUGAAGUUCAAUUGGGGCAACUCGCCCAAAAAGUGAGUUCUAGAGAGCAAGGUAAACUCCCUACAACUACGGAGGUAAACCCGAGGGAGAGCGUCAUGGCCAUUACCACAAGAAGCGGGAGGCAAACGGAGGAUCCCAAGAUGCCGGAGAGAAGAAAGACACCGGAGGAACAAGAAGAGGUUUCACAUACACCGUUGCCACCUAUUAUGCCUCAAUAUGUUCCUCCCAUCCCUUAUCCACAAAAGUUGAAGAAGAAAGGAGAUGAGAAGAAACACAAGAAAAUUCUUGAUAUUUUCAAGAAAUUGAGCAUCAACAUACCUUUUGCGGAGGCCAUUGCGGAGAUUCCAUCAUACGCAAAAUUUCUCAAAGGCAUCAUCUCCAACAAAAAGAAGUUAGAGGAAUUCGCAACUGUAGCACUAACGGAGGAAUGUAGUGCCAUUAUUCAAAACAAACUUCCUCCAAAACUAAAAGACCCCGGAAGCUUCACUAUUCCAUGCUCUAUCGGAAAAGUCGGGGAGGUAAAGUCUCUUUGUGACCUUGGCGCUAGCAUAAAUCUUAUGCCCUACUCCCUAUUUAAAAAGCUAAGUGUGGGGGAACUCCAACCAACAACGGUUGCUUUGCAAUUAGCGGAUAGAACAAUCCGUUAUCCGAUAGGUAUCAUGGAGGAUGUCCUUGUGAAAGUUGGAAAAUUCUACUUCCCGGUAGAUUUUCUUGUUUUGGACAUGGAAGAGAUGGAAGUUCCCGUCAUCCUUGGGAGAUCAUUUUUGGCCACCUCCGCAGCCGUCAUUGAUGUACAAGCGGGCACCGUAAGACUAAGAGUGGGAGAAGACGAUGAAACAUUCCAUGUAUGGAAAACACAAUCCAUUCUAACUCAAAACAUGGAGGUCAACACAAAUCCUUUUACUCCUCCCAAGGCCAUAAACAUCAUGGACAUCAAGAAGGCACAAAUAUUUGGGCCCGAGGACCCUCCCACACACCCCGAGAGCAAAAAGAACAAACCUCCAACUCCAUGGCCUCCCCACGAUCUCAAAAAGGUAACAUUGGUCAAACGUCUUCGGGAGCACAAUCACACGUGAGAGGUAAGUUGCGUCCGGCCUAUGACGUUAAACUGAGCGCUAAUUGGGAGGCAACCCAACAAAUUCAAUUAUAAAUAAAUAUGUUUAGUUAAAUACAUAUUCAUAUUUAUUUAUAAUUGAAACCCAAAAAAAAACACAAAACAAAAACAAAAAAAAAAGAAAAAGAAAAAGAAGCAUCAUCUAAACUCAUGUAUCAUGCAUCUCCUACUCUCACAAGACGGCCCAUUCCGCUAUUGAAGAUUUCAUCCUCCAUUACAUCCUCCAAUGUACAUUGAGGACAAUGUAUCUCAAGUGUGGGGGGUGUAUCUCAUGGUUAGUUAAACAAAUUUUGUGUGCAAAAUAAUAUUUUUUUUAGGAAGGUAAAAGUUGUGAUAAUUCUCUUUUUAAUGGGUAUUUGGUUGAGAAAGUUUUUAUUAUUCACAUAAACUAUCAUUUUUUUUAGAUUUAUUACACUACUUUUACUCUUGAAAACCAUUCCCAAAAUAAACCUUGUGACUAGGAAACCUCAUCUUCUUCCAUGUCCAAAAAUGGUUUAAGUACAUCUCAAAUAUUCAAGAACCAUUUUUGGAAAACAAGCCACCCCACAACUCAUCAAAUAAAUUGGGAUCAUCAAAAUGACUUUGAGUAAAUACUUGUUGAGAAUCCAUUCAAAAAAAAAAACUCAUGGUCUCUUCCAAGAAUUUCAACCGAUCCAUUUCUAUACUCAAAAGUCAAAUACACAAAAAAAAGCCAUCCUACACACCCAAAAAAAGUCCUAGUCACAAUCCACUCAUAUACUCUCAAGGGUAUAAGUAAUUUUUCUAAAUCUAAUGAUAGUUUUGUGUGUCUAAUAGAAAUUUGGUUUUGGACCGAGAAUGAUAAAGGAGUUUACAUAACUUUAUACCUCCCUUAAAAAUAAAAUUAUUUUUGUGCAUAUAUUUUCGUUGAAACUAACCAAGGCAUCCAAGGUGAAGAAAUUGCUCGAGGACAAGCAAUGCUCAAGUGUGGGGGGAUUUGAUAGCCGUUAUAUUUACUUGUGUUUAACAUAAGUAUUUAUAAGUAUUUGUUGAAGAAAAGAAGAGAAAUCGGGCAAAUACCUCCAGAAUGAGAGCUAGAUCAUAAAACAUUGCGAUGAACGACUUUUUGGACCAAGAGAAUGACGUUCUGCCCAUAAUUUGAGUAUAACGUAUUCUAUAGAACUCUAAAUCACUCGAUUCGAGUUUCAUGUGAAUGCUAACUCAAUAAGGUACAAAUGUUAUGAAGACGUCAUGACCAAAAUAUGAAAGGAACAAGACCCAAUCAACCAACAAAGUCAGAUGUUGCUGGUGGGAUUUCAGGAUGCAUACCUCUCAGUGUUUUAUCCAUAUCUCUUGAUUGGCUGAAUAAAAUCAUGUCAUUCAAGUUUUGUUGGAUAGAAGACUUCAUUAUCUACAACUUUGGUGAAGGAAUCAUGUCCAAAUUCGUAGCGGAACAUCCCCAAAAUCCCAGGACAAAACUGGCGCCGAAAUUUGCACCAAACCCGCGCCGGUUUGUUAAUUUCCGCGUGGCACAAACCAGUAGCUUACCCGGCGCCGGGUAGGCCUUAUACCCGGCGCCGGGUAGGCCAAAAUUUCCAGUUUUCCCUGCACACAACGAAGAACCGGCGCCGGGUAGGCCUGAAACCGGCGCCGGGUAGGUCCGAUUCUGCACAAAACAGUCCAACGUGCAAGAGGAUUUUUGAUGGGAAAACUUCAUCUUCCUCAAGUGUGAUCAAAUAUUGCUUCCAUACCUUAUUGUUGGGCUCGAAUAUACUAAAAGAUGCCAUUCUUUAGCCUAUAUAAAGCCCUCAAUUCAUCAUUCAAUCCCAUUCCAUUUCAUAGAUUAAUUCCUAGCUUUUAUAUUUUGUUCUUGCUAUUUUUCUUCAAGUUCUUGAGGAGGAAACUUCAACCUCCGAAAUCAUUGGUGUUUAGGUAUUAUUUCCUUUGUAAUUUCAUGUUCCAUUACAUUUCAAUAUUGUAUUGUGAUUAAUAUGAGCAUUAGAGGCUAAUUUCUUAGCUAAGGCUAGGGAUGAACCUCUAUGCACACUAGGUGUUUGAUAAAAGUUCUAAACCAAUAAAUUGUGAUUUAUCCUUUACAUUUUGAUUGUUUAUGACUAUGGUGUACAACAUAGAAGUAUGUUAAAUUUAGUUUAUGCUUGCAAUUAACGUUGAAGUCUAAACUAUGAACAUUAAAGGAUAAACAUAUAUAGUACCGAGAAUAGAAAUAUAUCCGGUCUUAUAUGAUACGGGUGUGAUGUCUUGAUAUUCAACGGGGUUUUCGGUAGAUGAAUGUAAGCCGUAACGGGACUUACACGUAACGAAAACCACGCUCUCGCUGCCUUAACCGGAGUUGAGAAUAUAUUAGCGACAUCGUAUUCAUGAUUAUUGGGGAAGAACUAUUAUUAAACAACUAUUAAAGCAUUUAGGUGAAUCCCGAUUGCCUUAGUAAUUCUCAUUCUUGUUUAAACCAAUCUCAAAGAGCAAAGUUCCUGAAAAAAAAAUAUAUCAUUUACAUUCUUUGCAUUCAAUAUUCGACUUUAUAAUAACAACCAUUUCCUUGUGGAUCGACC